UAAGCACCUGGGGCUGAUCCGCGCCUGAGCACUCGCGUCAGCUGACUGGGCCGCGCGCCCGCCUUCCCCCCGCCGCUGCCAAAUGCCAGGCGCCGCUUUGCGCUUUCCGUGUCGCUCGUCCAGGCUGAGUUUUCCGGUGCAACACGCCUUUCUCUCCAGACAGCCGACCGUUCCCUCCUGGGCUGCCUCCGCGCUCCGCUUACAGCAAAGCCGCACUGGGCGGAGUCCUCAGUCCCGCCCCAGGGCGGCCGCAAGUCCGGAUCAGGAAGCGGGAUGGGGCGCGGCGGCGGGUCCGAGGCGGGCUGCAGAGCCCAGCGGUUAGCUCGCAGCGGCAUCUCGCUGGUGGUCCUGGGCCACUUGACCUUGGUGCUGGGGGCCAUCGUCCACGGCGCCCUCCUGCGCCACGUGGCCCGGCCCGCGCACACCAUCACAUUGGAGUACGCCGUGGCUAAUGUCGUUGCGGUGGCUUCUGGGCUCUUGAGCAUUGCUGCCGGCGUCCUGGCGAUCCUGGUGUCCCGGAGCUUCUCCCACCGUUACCUGCCUUGGAUCCUGGUUGUUAUCGCCCUGGCAAAUGUCCUGAUCUCAGGAGCCUGCUGCGUGGGGCUGGCACUUGCCAUCUCCCUCACUGUUGUCAACAGUGGCCGUCAUCUCUUUACCGGUUGCAACAGUUCUGCCCUUCCAGCUGAUGCCCGCACUGUGAUAACAAACGAGUGCCCUUUUGACACUACCCGCAUCUAUGACACAGCCCUGGUCCUCUGGCUUCCUUCCUUGUUGAUGGCAGCAGUGGAAGCCGGUUUGUCUGCCUGGUGUUGCAUAGCCUCCCUCUCUCUCUGUGGAGUUGGCCCCUCUUCAGCCUCCUACAAAGUGGCCCUGCUUCAGGCAGCUGCCCCACAGGAGGUGGCUGCUGAGGAAGGCUCUGAAGGGGAGCCUCACCACCAGCCUCUGGUUGAAAUGGACGAGGAAGAGUGCUGCCUUUGAGAGUGGAGGGAAGAGAGUGACCCACUUUUGCUGCUAGACUGUCCUUCAUGUUCUUGCACGGACAGAUGGGCUUGUGUUCAAGGUGCAGAGCUGGCCAGGCAGGAAUCUCUCCCAAAUUGUUUUUUUUAAGUGUUUUUAAAUUUGUAUAUUUGUUUUUAAUGUUUUUAAUUGUAAACCGCCCAGAGAGCUUCGGCUAUGGGGCGGUAUACAAAUGUAAUAAUAAUAAUAAUAAUAAAAUCCAACUGGUACUCCUCAA